AUGCAGGGAUGGGGCGACGUCAGCUUCCACGGCUCCCCACAGAUCCCCACGCCCAACAUCGACGCACUUGCCAGCACGGGAGUGGUGCUCAACAACUACUACGUGCAGCCGACCUGCUCGCCUUCCAGGGGAGCGCUUCUGAGUGGCCGCUACUGCAUACACAUAGAUUGGUGUUUUCAGGAGAGCCCCCUGCUGCCACGACAACUCGGGGGCCUACCUCUCGACGUCAAGAUCAUGCCCGAAUAUUUCAAGGAGUUGGGCUACGAGCCACAUAUCGUGGGAAAGUGGCACUUGGGAUACUAUAGCUUCAACUACACUCCAACGUACCGUGGCUUCGACAGCUUCCUCGGAAUGCACGUCGGUCCCACAGACUAUUACACUCAUGUGCUGAAGUGGGAUGGACUUCAGGGUCUCGACUUUUGGCACAACACGGAGCCCCUUACGACUGAGAAUGGCACGUAUGCGACUACGCUGUUCACGACAAGAGCCAAAUCCAUUAUCGCCAACAGAGACAAGUCAAAGCCGUUGUUUCUGUACUUGGCGCAUCAAGCCACGCACGGCGGCGUCGGCCCAGAGCCGAUUGAAGCUCCCAGAGAGAACGUGGCCAAGUUUCCCUACAUCGACGAGGACGACAGGAAGGUUUACGCAGGAAUGACCGAUGCCCUGGACCAGUCCGUCGGCAUCAUCCUGGAAGCGCUGGAAGAGGCGUCCAUGCUGCGCGACAUCAUCAUAGUUUUCAGCAGCGACAACGGCGGUGCUCCGACGGGGCCCAUCUCCAACCGAGGCAUGAAUUGGCCCCUGCGCGGAGCCAAGGGCACCCUCUGGGAGGGCGGAAUCCGUGCGGCCGCUUUCCUCUGGACUGCCGAGCUUCUGCAGCGCCGCCGGGUGUCUUACCAGCUGAUGCACAUCACCGACUGGCUUCCCACGCUCUACUCUGCGGCUGGGGGUGACGUGGAGCGCCUGACACCGCUGGACGGCUUCGACAUGUGGCGGGCGCUCACCACGGGAGAGGCUUCGCCGCGGUCGGAGAUCAACAUCGACCGGCAGGCGGGCCAAUCGGCGCUACGCUACAGGAACUGGAAGCUGGUCCUGGGAGACUUCGGCGACAUGGACGAACACUUCGAGAUACCAGGAGGGAGCCGCCCCUACGAUGACCUGGACCCCCUGAUGCGCAAUUCAAGUGCGGCAGCCGUGCUCAGACGCCUGUACGGGAAGGAGGACGUCUUCGAGCACGCCAGCCAGUGGAGGCGAGAAGCGACGAUCACGUGCGCAGACGCCGCCGCCGAUAACUUCGCGGCGGGUGGCAAUCGCUACCUGUUCGACAUCGCGCAAGAUCCGUGCGAGCUGAAAAACUUGGCCGAAGAACAACCGAAACUCUUCUCGAUGCUGUUGGAGAGACUGGAAGUCUACAACAAGACCGUCGUGCCGCCCGUAGACGAGACCAUCGAUCCUCGGGGCAGUCCUGAAUUCCACGACGGCGUCUGGGCACCGUGGGUGAAAUGAGUACGGGUCUCGAAUCGAGGCGCACUUUUGAAGCGAAAGCGAAUCCGACGCUGGCAGCGAAAACAGUAGCGCCCCUUGUUCCCCUCAGCAAUGGUUCCCACGACUAUAGGCUGUCAGUUCGCUCGCGAGCUGUCU